AUGGCAAGCGAGGCUUCCUCAACGGUAAAAGUGCCGCGUAUCGCAAUAGCAUUCUGUACGCAGUGUAAAUGGAAUCUGCGGGCGGCUUAUUACGCCCAGGAAUUGCUCCAGACUUUCAGCACCGGCAUCGGCGAGAUUGCCUUAAUUCCGGUGACUGGGGGCAUAUUCACAGUCACAGUUACGACGAGCCAUGUCAUUGACAAUUCUUCGCGCGCAACUGCUGCUUCGGAAGGAUCAGCGGAGCCGGCGAUGCAAGUGGCCGAUACGGUGAUCUGGGACCGCAAGACCGAAGGCGGAUUUCCAGAGACCAAGGAAUUGAAGAAUCGAGUUCGAAAUAUUAUCGAGCCCGGCAGAGAUCUUGGGCAUAUUGAUCGGAGCUUGAAAAAGGGGAGCUCCCAGCACGCCCGGUCAGCGGAAGGCGAAGCUGAAGCCAAGUCGAAGGUCAAUGUCAAACCGGAGCAAAAAAGCACUCAAGAGGAAUGCGACGACUGCAAAUGA